AUGGUAACCUCUUGUCUCUUUACUCUGCAUUAUUUAUUCUUUGCAUUUUUAUUCUCUUCAUUCUUCUCUUUUCCUUCAUUUAAUAUCUAUCCUUCUCAAAUUUUUCUAAUAUUUUCUAAUUCUCUUUUACUCAUCCUGAUCCAUUUCUUUCUAUUCUGUUUUUCACUCUUUUCUUUCUUUUUCAUUUAUAAAUCCUCGUCAGUAAUUAUUUUCUUUCAUUUUUCUUCUUCCAUUUUCUAUCUUUCUUUCAUUUCAUUCUUUCUUUCUUUCAUUAUUUUUAUUAAUUUCUCUCAUUUUUUAUCCCAUUUUUUUCAUGCUUUCUGUCUUUGUCCUUCAUUCAUUUCUUUCUUUAGAUUUCUCUAUUUUCUGCCACACAUGUACUUGUCUACUACAUUUUCUUUUCAUUCCCUUCAGUUGUCCUUAAUUAAUUUCUCUUUUGUUCUUUUCUGUAACAUUUCCUUUUUCUUCUUUUCCUCAUCGUUGUCUUUAAUUUAUUUCUUUGUUUCUCUUUUGUUCUUUCCUCUAACUUUUCCUUUUCUUUCCCAUCAGUUGUCCUCUAUUCAUUUCUUUCUUUCUCUUAUUCUCUUUUCUACUGCCUUUUCUUUUUCUUCUCUUAAUUUGUCCUUAAUUCAACUCUUUCUUUUCACUUUUUCCAUUUCUCUCACUUCAGUUGUCCUUAACUGA